AUGGGGGUAUGUCCACCUUUGCCUUUAGCGGCAAUUAGAUUUGAUCGUGGACCUAAUAAACGGCGCAUUAAGCCGGUAGAAAAGCACAUCAUUGAUGUUCCUAUAAUUGAAGAUGAUAGCGAAGACGAUAAAGAUUACCAAUUUGAAGAUGAUGUGCAAAAUACUUCCAAAACUAUCGCUACCGAUAGCGAUGGCAGCGAUGAUAAUGAACUUUCACCUGCUAAUAACGGUAUCAACCCAAUUAACGAAAUGCAUGGAAAGAGUACUACAAACAUAAGUUCAGCUAAGAAUAUUGCAAAAUCUAACUCAUUUAUUGUUCGUUCCAAGCCUAUAUGCCUUAUAUGUCUCAGUAAUAGCGAAGACUCCGGAGAAAUUAUUGAAUGCGAUAAAUGUGGUAUAUCAGUCCACGAAGGCUGUUACGGCGUUGAAGAUGAAUCUGUAUUAGAUGAUGAUCCUACAGAAACUACCGAGCCAUGGUUUUGUGAUUGUUGUCUAGACGAUAAUAACGCUAGGGAUUGCGAACUAUGCCCAAAUCACGGUGGUAUACUUAAACAAACCGAUACUGGAAGAUGGGUCCAUUUAGUAUGCGCCUUGUAUACUGCUGGUGUAGCAUUUGGUGACGUGGAUAAAUUGAAGCCAGUAAUUCUUUCCGAAAUUUCGUCCGAAAAAUGGAAGAAUCGGGAGUGCUACAUCUGUGAAGAUCAACGCUUCGCUAAAACUGGCAUCUGUAUUUCGUGUGAUGCUGGAUUGUGUAAAACCUAUUUUCACGUAACUUGUGCACAACGCAAUGGUCUUCUUCUUCAAGAAACUAGCGAACAGGAAGUUGCAGAUCCAUUUUUUGCCUAUUGUAAAUUACAUUGUGAUAAAGAAUUAGCAAGAAAGCAGAAAAGAAAUUGGUUAGCUAGUCGAAGUUUAUUUAUGCAAACAUCACCGUUGAAAAAAUUUCUAGAAGAUAAACGACUCCAAAAAUGUUUUGAACGCGCUAAAGAGAAAUAUUCCAAUUAUAGAAAAAGUCUUCCUAAGCCUAUAACUUAUACCGAAUUUGAAGCACGAGAUUUAUGUACAAGCCCACCAGCUUGUCGAAAAUUGCAUACUAAAGCAGACUUGAUGGGAAUUGCUCCACAGAGUAAUAUUAUCGAUAGUGCGAUUGAAAGCAUAAAAUCAGUCCGACGUAGAUGGAGUAUUGUACCAUCCUUCACUUGCGAAUUUGUGUGCUACUACUUUGAACGUAAAUCAAGAGUUGCAUUUCUGAAAGAAAAUAUUAAUACUUUGAAAAAGAAGCAAAUAGAACUUCUACGAACGGAAAGCAAAUACUUAAAAGAAUUAGAAAGUCUUAAAGCUCAAUCUAAAACUUAUGAAGACGAAAGACAGUCACGUAUGGAAGCUUUAAAGCAGCUUUUACAAAUUGUAAAUAAAAUAUCCGAUAAGCCAUUUCGACUUCCCGAAUCUUUACAAGAUUCCCUAGUUGCUGAGAACAAUAAGCGCGAAAGUAAAGAUACUAAGAUGAGAUGUGCAAUAUGCGGACUUCCAGAUAGUGAAUAUUCUAUGGCGCUUUGUGACACGUGUCGUAAAUACUAUCAUUUGGCGUGUUUAUCGCCGCCUUUAAUGAAAAUGCCCAGGAAAACAGCUAAAUUUGGCUGGCAAUGUUCCGAUUGCGUAAAAAGUGACGAUAGCGAUGAUGAAGCUCUGAUGAUUACCAACGUAAAUUCUCCUAGACAAAUGAGAUCAAACAGAAAACCAACGGUAGUUUUCACACCACAAAAUAUAUGGAAACGUCCAAGCUCUGAUAGGAAGAGAGGUUGGCCAGCUGGUAAAAAAAGAAAACUUGCGAUAAAUAAUGAAAAGAGUGGUAAUGAACAUUUACCGAAGGUAAAUAAUAUUACAUUGAGAAAGCUAAAAAUUUUAUACCUUGAUAAUAAUCAGUAA